AUUUGCCUGUUUCUGGCCCAUAUUCCUCCCCCUCUUGAUGAGUACGGGUGUCAUGGAUAAUGGGGAGAUAGAAGGAGAAUGGGGAUAGAAGGGAGAGAUAGAUCAGCCAUGGUUGAGUGGCAGAGUAGACUUGAUGGGCUGAAUGGCCUAAUUCUGUUCCUAUCACUUAUGAACUCCUGAAUGUCUAAAAUACACAAGGCGUGUGUCCAUGAUCUGUGACUCUAAUUAAUACAGAAGGUCAAGACUAAAUGUUGCCCAGGAGAUACAUAUAGGAUGGUUAUAGACAAAGUUACAUUUGACAACGUGAAGCUGACGUCAGCAUUUCACAAUUGCAACAUCGUCAAGAUAUGAAUAGACCGAGGAGACAACAUCUUGUGUUGCCGCUCGGUACAUAAGUAGCCGUGCUGUGUCCGUUGUGUGUUGUAUCCAGCAAGGCUCGGAGGAGAGGAUGUGCACGAGUGUGGCAGGACUCUUGUCUCUGGCUGUGCUUGCACUAUGGGUCACAAGCAGUUCCUGUAUCGAAAAUUGUCACUGCCUGGAACCUACCCAUUGCCGGCAUCUGUCCGCAAGAAGACGCUACCCAGUGCAGCUCUUUGCAUUUCACAGUGGAGUAGGCAUUUGGAAGCAUUACGACUGGUCAAAGAUCACAACUAUUGUCACCAGUGGACUAUAUGACCCUGACCUUAUGUGCCAUGCUCACGCACACAAAGCUCGAGUUGUCACAGAAGAGCCAAUAGGGAAAAAUGAACUGGUUGACAUUCAUCUCCGAUCUUCUUGGAUCAGCAACAAAUUGCACAAGACUCGAGAAAGAUAUUUGGACGGAAUUCAUUUGAGAUUUGGUACUGUCCUUGACGCUACAGUUUCUGCCAAACUGCCCAGCCUGAUUAAAGAUAUCAAAACCAGAUUCACGAGAAGCAUACCAGGAUCGCAGGUAAAAGACUUUACAAAAAAGUUCUAUUCUGUUAUCCAUUGAGUAAAUCCCCAGGACCUGAUGGAGCUUUCAACUUUAGUCUUUAGAGAUACAGAUUUGGAAACGGGCCCUGCGACACUUUCCUGCACACUAGGGACAUUCACAU